AUGAACGCUUUUGUUGUCUCCAAGCAGACCUCGGACCAAAAGAAAUGGCAAUCCAGGCCGUCAUUCUCGCGGCUCUAGCCGGACUGGCCGGUGCCGCCCCCGGGAUCAGCAACAUCCAAACACAUACCUCCUCGGAUAACAGCGACUGGCGCAGCAAGAUCACCAAUGUCGUGGUGCUAGUGGAGGAAAACAGAUCAUUCGAUUCUUUUGCCGGAGGUUUAACGUAUAACAGCACUAUCGACGGUCUCCUGCACCACAACUACUGCAACAGCCUGAACGCCAGUGACCCGUCAGAGGCUGCUGACAUCUGUGCUGGGCCCUUGGCUGCGGAUGUGGCCUCGGAUGAUCCUAACCACAGCAUCAGCGGUGUAAACAUGCAACUCUUCAGCACAUUCCACCCCAACGAGACUGCGGUGGCUCAGGCGGCGGACUGGGAGUACGAGACGAUGCGUGGAUUCGUCACGGAGCAGUCGAUUACGUUUGACACCCUGAACAAGACAAGAGCGGCCGAGGCAAUCAACUACUAUACGCCUGAACACAUUCCCGUCUUCAACGCAAUAGCGGAGAACUUUGUGUUGUUCGACCGGUGGUUCUGCUCUGUGCCGGGACCUACAAACCCCAACAGAGCUUAUAUCACCAGCGGCACCUCGCACGGCCAUGGAGAGAACGACGACGCUUUUGAUGUGUACGGGCUCCCGCAGAAAAGCAUAUUCCAGGCCCUGAGCGAGAACAACAUCACCUGGACCAAUUACCAAAACAGCACCACCGGACCCGGGCUGGGAUUCAACCCAGAUGCAGCAUUCUACUCGUGGACGGCAGAGUCUGGGGCCAACGUGACAAACAUCAAGGCGAUUGAGCACUUUUACACCGACGCUGCAGCUGGCACCCUCCCGCAGUUUACGUACAUCAACCCAGAGUGUUGCUCCUACCAGAGUUUCCAUCCGCCCUCGCCUAUCGUCCUUGGAGAGAUUUUCAUCAAGGGCAUCUACGAGGCCAUCCGCAACUCACCUCAGUGGAACACGACGCUGUUCAUCUUGACGUUUGAUGAGCACGGCGGAUUCGGUGACCAUGUGCCUCCUCCUGUCAACGUCCCCGCGGGCGACGAUUUGACGUACACAGAGACGGCGCAGGACGGCCAGAAUAUCACCUUCGCCUUCGACCGGUUGGGUGUGCGAGUACCGACGGUGCUCAUCUCGCCGUGGGUCGGCAAGGGCUUGAUCGAGAACCAGGGGCAGAAUUAUGGCGGCGAGUACACCCACACGAGCAUCCUGAAUUUCCUGUCACAGCUGUGGGGUGUCGAGCAGCUGACGCCUCGAGUUGAGUACUCGUCCACCUUUGAGCAUCUCAUCCUCGACACCAUCAGGAGCGAUGAUGACAGCCCGAGCAUCUUGCCCGAGCCAGUCGCUUGGUAGGCUGAGGAUUACAGGGUGGGGGUAUUAUGGGCUCUGCGAAGGGUGCGUGACAUGCCAUCGAAGAGUAGAAUAAUGACUAGGGUGGAAUGAAAUCAUCGUACCAAAACUAUUGCUUCGUGCUGUACAGUCUUUUUUUUUCUUGUAUUUUUGAUACAAUGGCUGGGCCGGUGGGUUCCUCCAGGGCGCUUUUCCUUUUUCCAGAAGCCAAAUGCGAGUUUCUAUACCAGUGUGGCGCAGCGCUUGGCAGAGCUCUGUCCAGCACUGCGCCCAUGGUUGCUGCCUGCUGUCCGCUACCAAAAGCGCCACUAUUUAUCAUCAAACAAGAUUUCAU